UAUUUACAUUGUUAAUCAAUUUAAAUAAUACCAACUAUACAAUUUAACAACUGUAGAUUUAUAGUUUUUAAUAUUGUUAAAUUAUAACAAUUUAAAAAUCUAAACUUGUCCCUUGUGUGGAAUGUCGUUUAGUUUAAAAGCAACGUUAGUUUACAAUGCAGCUGCGAAAUGCAUUAAUAAUUAGUUUGAGCAACAUUCUUUAUGGAUUACAAUUUUUAUGGGCAAGUGCAGUAAAUUCCAAUAAAGAUGAUGAAAAUCAUCAACGUUUUACGUCCAAUGAAAUCGUAUGGUUAUUAAGUAUUUAUCCAAUUGGUGAAGCCAUUUCGCCAAUUUUAAUAUUAAUAUUUGGAAAUGCAGCUGGACGAAAACAAAUUUUAUUGUAUACGAUGGCGUUGUUAAGCGUGACGAAUAUAUUUUUGUAUAGUAGUAAUUUGUAUGUAAUUCUAUUCACACGAAUUUUAUCUGCAAUUUUACUUGGUUUUAAUUGUACUAUGGCACCAGUAUUAAUUGGCGAAACUAGUUCAUCAAGUGUUCGUGGCAAAUAUUUAACAUUAUUGGCAAUAAAUGCAAAUUUUGGAUUAGUCGCUGGAUUUAUAUUGAUUGGAAAAUUUUCACUUCAAAUUUAUAAUUUACUGCUGAUUAUUACACCGAUAGUACUUUUUAUUUUAACGUUUUUAUUUGUUAUCGAAUCACCGUAUUAUGAUGUAAUCAUUGAUAAAAAAGAUAAAGCGUUAAAAUCAUUAGAAAAAUUAAAAUUAUCGAAAAAUAUUGAACAAGAUUUAUUUGUAAUUGAAGAAUUUAUUCAAGAACAACAAAAAUCUGUUGGAUUUAUGAAAUUAUUUAAAAAGAAACAAAAUCAGUUAUCAUGUCUCUUUGUAACUGGGUACCAAAUUGCAAACACUUUUACAGGAAUUGACUUUAUCCUAAUCUAUAUGUACUUCAUUGUUGAACUAGUUACUGAAGAUUCUCAAUAUGAAUUUCAAACAUCAUUGUUAUUUUCAAGUUCCGGUUUAAUUAUGUGUGUAAUAACAUCAUUUUUAAUUGAUAAAUGGGGUCGACGACCAUUAUUUAUUAUGUCAUCGAUUCUAACAUCAUUAUUUUUAUUUAUUCUAGGAGCAUAUUUCUAUUUACUUAACUAUAAUGAAAGUAUCAAAAGAUUUGGGUAUGUUGUAAUUAUUUGUUUAGUUCUAUAUAAAAUUUCUAUAUCAAUCGGCUUAUCCAGUUUACCAAAAGUCUGUGCUGGAGAAUUAUUUGAACCAAAGUUUGUUCACAUUGGCUCAAGUAUUUCGAGAACAUUGUAUAAUUUGUCUAGUUUUUUAAUUGUAUGGACGAAUUCUUAUUUAAUACAAAUUAUUGGCAUGAGUGGUAUUUUUAUUGAAUUUGGUGUAAUUUGUUUAAUUUUUGGUGUUGCUUUUACAUUAAUUGUACCUGAGACAAAAAAUAAAUCCUUGGAACGGAUUCAACUGGAAUUAAAACAGUAUAAAAUUAAUUCAAAAAAUAUAUAA